CUUGUCUGGCCCGUCCACAAUCCACGUACCGAUUGAGUUCGAUUCACAUUAAACAAAAUCUAACCACUCUUGUCUCUCUUAACCCCAACCAAUUAACCAAAUCUCUCUCCCUCUCCUCCUUCUCCCGCUUAGAGAGAGAGAAAGAUGGCAGCGGCGGCAGGGGUUGGAGUUGGUGGAGGUGAUGUUUGGAGGGCACAUGCGGCCAUGGCAGCGGUUCAGCUCUUCAGCGGAGGAUAUCAUGUAAUUACCAAAGUAGCCCUCAAUGUUGGCGUCAACCAGGUUGUAUUCUGCGUAUACCGGAACCUCCUUGCACUCGCCAUCCUCGCUCCCGUCGCCUAUGUCCGUGAAAAACAGAUUCGACAACCAAUGAAUAGACACCUCUUCAUGUCCUUUUUCUUUCUUGGGUUAACUGGGAUCUUUGGCAACCAGCUUUUGUUUCUUAUUGGUCUUGGCUACACAAAUCCAACUUAUGCUGCGGCCAUACAGCCUGCUAUCCCAGUUUUCACGUUUAUCCUUGCUGUUUUAAUGGGUACAGAAAGAGUGAACUUGCUUAGAACUGAAGGGCAGGCCAAGGUUGGUGGUGCACUUUUAUGUGUUUCUGGAGCCAUAUUAAUGGUCUCAUUUCGUGGACCUCCUUUGAUUGGAUAUACAGAACCAGACUUUGCAGCACAGAGCGAAAUAAGUGCCAAAGGUCAACCAGAGCCAGCUGGAUGGUUGAUGUCUAGCUUUCUAGAGUUUGGGCUAGAUCAUUUUCAUCUUGGAGUUUUAUGCUUAUUAGGGAACUGUAUGUGCAUGGCCGCUUUUUUAGCCCUUCAGGCUCCACUUUUGAGAAGAUAUCCUGCCAACCUGUCAGUUACAGCAUAUUCAUUCUUCUUCGGCGCACUAGUUAUGGUGGUUACUACAUUAUUUAUGACAAACGAGUCAACAGACUGGAGCUUGACACACUCUGAGCUUUUUGCUGUUAUUUACGCUGGAACUGUUGCAUCUGCCCUUAAUUUUGGAUUGCUGACGUGGAGCAAUAAGAUUUUGGGGCCUGCUUUGGUUGCUCUUUACAAUCCACUUCAACCUGCAGCUUCGGCAUUUUUGUCAAGAAUUUUCCUUGGAAGCCCAGUUUAUUUGGGAAGUGUCUUAGGAGGAAUACUAAUUAUUGCUGGUCUGUAUGUGAUAACUUGGUCGUCUUUGAAUGAAAGACAAGCAGCUUUGGAAGUCGUUAUACCUCACGUUGCUCGGGUCUCAGAACCUCUCAUCCAGAAAGAUACAACAAUUAACAAGAUACCAUACCAGAGAGGACUGAUUCUCUCAGGGCCUUCCAGUUCAGUACCAAAAUCGGACAUGUGAUGGGAAUUUGGAGAGUAAACCAGUUGAGGAGAAUUGCUCAAAUUAUCGAUCCUUGUUUAAUUUGUCUGAAAUUGUUUUUCCUUAGUCGUGUUCUUUAUUUAUUUGUAUUUUAUUUGAGUCCUGCUCCAUGAGGGAAGAGGAUCCUCUCUGGAUCCAUUUUGUGAGGAUCUUAGGGAUCCCCACAUCUUAGCCGUUUAUCGUACAUUAUGCAGUUAGUUUUCAUCAUGUAUUAUUGGUGUUUAAUUUUAAAUAAAAAAAAGUUAAAUGA